UUGGCCAUCGUGCAGCCAAUCGGAGCGUGGCGUGAACCCCUCCCGCCGCGCGCGCUUGGGAGGGGUGGUGCGCCAGGCGGAGCCGCGGUGGCCCGGAGGCGGUGGUGGCGGCGGCGGCUGUGAAGGCGACGCGUCCCAGCCGGACCAAGUCUCCUGCCGCCCAGAGCUGGCCUGGAAUGGGUAAUGGUGUGAAGGAGAGUACGGCGCGUGUACGUGAGGAUGCCGAGGCCAUCCUGCCCUCACCCGUCAGUUCCAAGAGUGAUCACAGGCAAGUUCUCAGCUCCCUCCUGUCUGGGGCCCUGGCGGGUGCUCUUGCCAAAACGGCUGUAGCUCCCCUGGACCGAACCAAAAUCAUCUUCCAAGUGUCUUCAAAGAGAUUUUCUGCCAAGGAGGCCUUCCGGCUGCUGUACUUCACCUACCUCAACGAGGGCUUCUUCAGCCUGUGGCGCGGGAACUCGGCCACCAUGGUGCGCGUGGUGCCCUACGCCGCCAUCCAGUUCAGCGCCCACGAGGAGUACAAGCGGGUCCUGGGCCGCUACUAUGGCUUCCGUGGGGAAGCCCUGCCCCCAUGGCCCCGCCUCCUUGCGGGUGCACUGGCCGGAACGACAGCUGCUUCACUCACCUACCCCCUGGACCUGGUCAGAGCCAGGAUGGCUGUGACCCCAAAGGAAAUGUACAGCAACAUCUUUCACGUCUUUAUCCGCAUCUCCCGUGAAGAGGGUCUGAAGACCCUCUACCAUGGCUUCACGCCCACCGUGCUGGGGGUCAUUCCAUACGCGGGGCUCAGCUUCUUCACCUAUGAGACACUCAAGAGCCUGCACAGAGAGUACAGUGGCCGCCCGCAGCCCUACCCCUUUGAGCGCAUGAUAUUCGGGGCCUGCGCUGGCCUCAUCGGGCAGUCGGCCUCGUAUCCGCUGGACGUGGUGCGCCGGCGCAUGCAGACGGCUGGGGUCACCGGGCAUCCGCACGCCUCCAUCGUGGGCACGCUGCAGGCUAUCGUGCGGGAGGAGGGCGCUGUGCGAGGCCUCUACAAGGGCCUGAGCAUGAACUGGCUCAAGGGCCCCAUCGCCGUGGGCAUCAGCUUCACCACCUUCGACCUCAUGCAGAUCCUGCUUCGGCACCUGCAGAGCUAGGGACCUGUGUGCCAGGGAGCGGGGCUUCCAAGUGCGGCGGACCACCGACCCCUUGUUUCUGAGCCUGUGUGGUGAGGGUGCGCUCGAUUCCACCCUCGGACCUGGGACGUCGGAGCACCUUGUAGAACAAGCUGGGGGGCCUGGUCGGGGUCCCAAAGGCAGCGGCCCUUGAAGUGCAAUGUUGGGAUUGGUGGGCGGGGCCUCUCGCGCUCUCCCCAGCCCUCCUCCCCAGGCAGGCGGCCCUGUUUCCGGGAUGGGCUUCCCUAAAUGACCCGAGCUGGGAGUGACCAGCACCACCUCCUGGUGCUCUGUGACCUGGGACACGGUCCUGGUUCUAGUGACCCAAUGCCCACGGGGCCUGGAGCCAGACUUCGCCUGCCCCUGUUCUUACAGAGAGGAGGGAGCCCCAGGAUAGAGAGGCCCCAGCCUCCUGGCCGUGGUAAAAUGGGGCUGGCCUCGUUUUCAGCUGGGGCUAGAAAAACAGUAUCCCUCCAACCCCCACCCACCCAUCCACACCCACUUCCCCCACCCACCUGUCUUGCCUUUGCCAUUACUUCCCAGAUGGCAUGACUCCUCUGUCACCAGAGCCUCCUGAUCAGGAACAGGCUUCUCCGGAUAGCAUUAUUUGGGUCCUGGACUCCGUGGCCCAAAUAGGGCCCCAGGAGUGGGUCAUCCCCUGUGUUGCUCACCCACCCGGUUUGUAAUGUUCCCAGGAGGUUCGUGCCUCCUCCAGCCAGCAGGGUUUGUGGAAUCGCCAUGGCUUUGGGUCUGAGUCCUAACCUGGAGGCAUCUGCUGGGACCCAGGUCACCUCCUCUGGGCCAGGAAGUUCCCACCACUGUCCCACAGGCCUCAUCACCAGGGGCCAGGCCUCAGGCCCUAACCCUCAGCCCCUAGGCACAGUGGCUCCUGGGGAGCCUGUGGCAUCUCAUGCGUCCCUGGCUCCCCCCACUUAGCGGGCACUUGGCCAGACUCGGGGCAGUUUAAGGCACACAGGGUGGUCUGAUUUGCAUAAACAGAGUGCAUGGAGGCGACCCGCAGCCUUGAUCCUCCCAAAGCGAGAGCCCCUGAGACAUUGUGUGGCCUGGGGGUGGGCAGUCAGGGUACCCCAGGGCACCCCCAGGGAGUGGUCUCGGAGAUGUUCCCUGGGGUCUGCCGGGUAUCACAGAUGCAGAAACACCCAUUUCUGAAUGACCUGUGGAGUUUCUUGAUUUCUUUUGGUUUUGCUUUUCAAUCAGGCUGCCCCUGGGUCUAGUCACAGUAAACCCUAACCGGCUUGAUCCGGUUCCGGCAGAGAGUGACCAGAGGGUGACCGGAUCAAUGGGCAGCCGCCCUGUGCAAAAGGGUCUGAGAGGGCAUGUUUGCCCCAUGCACAUUUCCAGUCAUGACUUUCAUUUCUCCCUUGUGUUCUGUCCCAUUUCUGUUCUUGCCUUGGACCUGCGGGUGUGAAGACCCCUCUCUCUGUCCUUCCUUGCAUGUGUCCACCAGCCGGCCUGAGUCUCGUCCCCGGGGCCCAUGGCUGUUCUGUUGGGGGGCUUCCCACCUCCUCUGCCAGCCUUGCCCCGUGCCUAGGAGAGGCAGGAGAGGCAGGGGCCCCUCUCAGGGAGAUUGGGUGGGGACCCAAGGGCCCUCUGGGGUGAGAGAAAGCAGCAAGGGCUGGGGACCACCCCAGGCAGGUGAGACCAAAGGAAUGGUUAGGCGGCACCCUUCUCUGAGCAGCAGGCUGGGCCACAGAGGGAAGGGCCUCCAGGUCCUGCUGGCCCCAGUGUACCUCCCCGAGGUGGCUCUCAGCUGACGGCCUCAGCAGCAUCCCCCCCACCCCCAGCCCUGCACACAGCUGGGCCAGUGCCCUCUUCGGCCUCACCCCUCCCACCAGUGUCCAUCCUGAUCUGGAGUUACAUUUUGAUGCCAUGAAGACACUUUGUUUAUAUAUAAUGUUUAUAUAUUUUAAAGAUUUGUGCCAAGAGAGUAUAUUUAAUAAAAAUUAAAAUGAUUUUUUUUUCCUGA